AUGAUUCCGUUUCUUCUGCUUCUGAUUGCCGUUGCGCAAGCCGUCGAUGAAAAAGUGUCUUUCAAGAAGUUUCAAGAAUCGCACGUCCAUUUCGCCCGGAAUGCCCAGAAUGGCAGCACGUUGCAGGUGCACGCCCAGAUUCUACGUGGUGCGAAGCGCUGGCGGAUCAGUUUGCUGCACAGCAAUCAGAUGAGCGUGGGGAUUGCGCUCGACGUUAUCGUCGACAAAAAUCUACACUAUUACGCUUCGUCUAUUAAUGACACAAAGAUCUCGCAACCAAACUGGGUGCUCGGCUCGCCCGUGUUCGACCGGGCCCCCUUUGGUCCGGGACAAUGGCUCGAUGUGACGAUGCAAGUAAUCGGAUUCCGGCAAAUCAAGGUCAUGUUCGGGAAAGGUUCCGGCGUGCGCGACUACGUCUUCACCAUGCCCGCCGAGCUGCCCACCCGGAAUACAAGGGACCUGAAUAUGGCUGUGGUUUCCGGCGAUCUGCGCUCCAUCAAAAUCACCGGCACCGCACUUGCCGGCAGUAAUCAAUAUUCACAAGCCGCCGAUCUCGUCGAAAACACGGCCAUCCACGUCGAGAAGGGCGACAAGCCAAUCGUCCGCACAACCACACGCCGUGCGACUCGUCGCCCGUUUGUGCGAAAGACGGUGCCCCCUAUGGUUCUGCUGCCCGAGUUCAACGCGUUCAACAUCAUCCCAGAGCUGUCGAUGGCUGAUUAUCGGGAGAGGAUUCGGGCAUUGAUGGCUAGGAUGGAUCGAGAACAGGAAGAGGAGAGACCGCCUGUCUAUCGGGGAGAAGAUGAUAACUAC